AUGUCGCACCUCGAAGUCCCCGGAGCAAUGCUCUAUCACGAAGUCGUCGGCUCCGGUCCCCUCCUCCUCUGCAUCUCCGGCGGCGACGGCUCCGUGGAGAACUGGCGCGUCUUCUCCGACGCUCUAAAAGACCACUUCACCGUCGUCUCCUGGGACCGCCGCGGCUUCUCCCGCAGCUACAUAACAGGCACCCAAGACUAUCGCCCCCUCCCCCGCUUCGCCCGCGAUGCCGAUGACGCCGCCCUCCUCAUCCAGAAGUACUCCCCCAACACACCGGCGACAGUCAUCGGCAACUCCUCCGGCGGCAUCGUCGCCCUGACCCUCCUCACCCGCCACCCGGAGCUCAUUCGCACCAUGAUCCCCUACGAACCCCCCAUCGCCAAACUCUGCCCGGACUACGAGCACAUCUGCGCCCUGCACCGGGAAAUCUACUCCACCUACCGCCUCGGAGGCCCACUCCCAGCAUACAAGCUCUUCGGCGCCCUGACCAAGUCGCCGCUGAUGUCGAACUUCAAGAUCGACUUCAGCACGCCGUAUCUAUGGUCAAACAUGAAUUUCUGGUUUGAGCGGGAGUUCAUGUCUGUGCCGGAUGUGGAUUUCGAUGUCGAGAAGGAUUUCGGGCCGCACAAGGACAAGCUUGUGCCGGUGUAUGGGGGGUUGUCGCAGAAGGAUGCCUAUCAGUAUCAGGCGAUGGAGGUGGUGUGUGGGAAGCUGGCGUUGGAGUAUUUGGCGUUUCCGGGGGAGCAUAUUGGGCAGAUGACGCAUGCAAGGGAGUUUGCGGGGGCGUUGUUUGAGGCGUUAAAGAGGAAGGAUGAGUACUAUGCUGAGCUAGUCGGACGGAGGACUGAUGCGCUGCUGGAGCGACGAUUCCGAAAACGAAAUGUGAGGACGCCCGAGGCCGGCGGCUACGUUGCAUGA